AUGGCAAAAGAUCAGACCAGCAGCAAAGACAAGUCAUUAGAACAAGAGCCUUCAUCAACCUUAUCAGGCGACCACGACCUUGGGAACCUUGAAAAAGCAAAAAGUGGUGAUCAUCCACAACAGCCACCAGCGACCAGCAAUAAUAAUGAACAAGAUUCAGCGUCGAUGAAAACGAGAACCGAUCCUGAUCAUAUUUCAUCACCUGAUAUGAAACGAUUUGAUGGCGAAGAUCCCUAUUGGACUGAAGGUUUAAAGAACCCUGGAUGGCUUUCAACCGCUACCGUUUUUCUCGUCACCUUUUCCACUGUGGGUUUCCUAUUUUGCUGGGGAACAUUUCAGCAGUAUUAUCUGGAACAUGUAUACCAGGGACAAACAGAUUCCUUCCGAAUUGCCUUUGUCGGCACCAUUGGCUAUGCAGCUGUCACAGGCACUGGGCCAAUCAUGUCAUUAGUGAUCCGCCGCAUAGGUUAUCGCCGCACCAUGUUGAUAGGCAACGUCCUAUGCCCAUUGGGACUUUUCUUGGCAAGUGCCACCACACAAUUAUGGCAAGUCUACUUAUCGCAAGGACUUCUUUUUGGCUUGGGAGGCGGCUUUUGCUUCAAUGCAUCCUUCAUUUUACCAUCACAAUGGUUCGUACGAAAAAGGGGUCUCGUCAAUGGUGUUGGUAACACAGGUGUUGCAUUUGGAGGCAUGGUCUUUUCACCACUUGCCAAUUACCUCAUUCAAACCCUCGGGUAUCGAAAUGCACUCAGGGUCAUGGGUUGCAUUGUUUUUGUACUUCUUGCUCUUGGAACAGCACUUGCUCGUGCAAGAUACCCACCACCCUCACGAAAACGAAGCAACGAAAGCAUUGUCAGCAGUGAAGAAGAAAACAACAACGAUGAUGAAAAAAGCCAAAGCAACAAGAAACGUCGUCCAUCAUCAUGGUUUUCUUCCCCACUCAUCAGCAUCCCAUUUGGUUUAUUCAUGAUCUUUGCUUUGCUUGCGCCUCUUGGUUAUCUGAUCCCUUUUUAUCUGAUGCCUACCUAUGCCACGCAAGUAUUGGGUACGAGUGAAUCUAUGGGCUCAUCGUUAGUGACCAUAGGAAAUGCGGCCAAUAUCAUUUGCAGAAUUGUUUUAGGAGCCACUGCUGAUCGCAUUGGUCAAUGCAACACCCUUUUUACAACAACAUUGCUAUCCGGCAUCAUCACUAUGGUCAUGUGGCAGUUUGCAACAAGUUUGGGAGUUUAUGGAGUGUACACUGCGUUAGUCGGCCUCACAGCUGGUGCAUACAUUAGCUUGAUGCCAUCCGUUGUUGCGCUUCUGGUGGGAAUGGAUAACUUGUAUAGUGGUGUUGCGACGUCAUGGGUGCUCAUGUCAGUAGGAUCAUUAUUGGGUACACCCAUGUUUGGCUUGAUGCAAUCAAACCUUGGUUGGACAGCGAGCAUUCAAUUUGCAGGAGCUGCUACGGUGGUAGCUGCCUUAUCCAUGCUUGCCAUUCGAUUCAAACUUGAUCGACGCCCCUUUGUAAAGAUAUAA